AUGACUGGUCAGUUGCAGACUGGAGGAGAGGCGUUAAAAUGUCAAGUUCGGAAUUCUCCAAGGCCAAGUCUAAAGCCAGGAAUCGCGUCUUGGAUGGGAGGGCCGGGAUCCCUGAUUGGGCUUCCUGAGCGGUCGCAGGUUGGUAGGAGGAGGCCCUCUGCCAAGAGCUGCUGGACGGAUGGCAGACUGACUUUGUCGUGGAAACCAUGCUUCUCAGGACAGCCUGAGAAUGUCACACAGGGAGGGGACGGGGCGCUGCCUGCUGCAGUGACGGGACUGGGUCCGAAAGCGGCUCGCUUACUUCCUACUCCUCUCCUGGGACAAGUUACUCAAAUUCUUUGGCUCUCCAUUUCUUUAUCUGUGAAAUGA